AUGUUGAAACCAAUAUUGUCAUAUUUUUUCACAAUUUUACUAUUUGGUGUUCAAGCUGACGACAUGUUGGGCCCAGGCAUCUGGUCACUGAUCAGCGUUAUCGAGUGCACUGAGCCGCUGGUACAGGAGGAUAUACAAAUCCAGCUCACCAAGCACAAAUUGAACCGUACACACGACGGUGUCUCCGCCAAGCUUAAAGCUAUUGCUAAGAUCGAUGAUAAUUAUGGAGUAUUAAUAGAUGUGUGUAAGUACGUGGACGGUGGAUGCAAACAAUAUCAAUUAAUAUCUGACAACAGCGUAGUGAGCAUGCUCGAGAAGUACGCAAAGGACAUGGUCGCCGACGUGCUUGGAUUCGCAAACAUUGACCCGCCCGAGUUUCCUAUUCCUCAAGGUGAAUACGAAAUAAACGAUUAUGUAGUGAACUACUGCCAGCUGCCGCGGGAAGCGCCGUAUGGAAAGUUCGAAGCUAGCGGCUUCUUAGUGCAAGGUAAUGUGAAGGUUGGGUGUGUAAGACUUGUUUUAGAGUUCAAUAAGUUUGAAGAUGGUAAUUUUUGUGAUGAAGACGAAGAUGACGAA